AUGUUUCCAGAUGUGUGGCUGAGAGGAAGUACACCCAGGAACAAGCUCGCAAAGAAUUUCAACAAGUGUUUAUCCCAGAAUGCAAUGACGAUGGCACAUAUAGUCAGGUUCAGUGCCAUAGUUAUACUGGAUACUGCUGGUGUGUCACUCCCAACGGUCGACCUAUCAGCGGUACUGCUGUGGCCCACAAAACUCCUCGCUGUCCAGGUUCAGUGAGUGAGAAGCUGCCACAACGAGAAGGUGCAGGCAAAGCAGAUGAUGCCUCAGCUCCCGCACUGGAGACUCAGCCUCAAGGUGAUGAAGAAGAUAUAGCUUCUCGUUAUCCUACGUUAUGGACUGAGCAAGUAAAGAGUAGACAAAACAAAACCAAUAAAAGCUCAGCAUCGUCAUGUGAUCAAGAACUUCAGUCAGCCCUGGAGGAAGCUAAACAGCCUCAGAAGGACAAUGUCUUCAUUCCAGAGUGUGCUCAGGGUGGCCUCUACAAACCAGUGCAAUGCCAUCCUUCCACGGGCUACUGCUGGUGUGUUCUGGUGGAUACGGGACGUCCCAUCCCUGGUACAUCGACCAGGUAUGAACAACCUAAAUGUGAUAAUGGUGCCAGAGCUCACCCAACAAAAACAAAGGAUUUGUACAAAGGACGCCAGCUUCAAGGUUGUCCUGGGGCCAAGAAGAAUGAGUUCCUGACUAGUGUUUUGGAUGCAUUGUCCACAGAUAUGGUGCACGCUGUCUCUGAUCCAUCAUUGUCUUCUAGCCGGGUUUCAGAGCCUGAUCCAAAUCAUACUCUGGAAGAGAGAGUGGUCCACUGGUAUUUCAAACAGCUAGAUAAAAAUUCCAGUGGUGAUAUUGGCAAGAAAGAAAUCAAGCCAUUUAAGAGAUUCCUAAGAAAGAAAUCAAAGCCCAAAAAAUGUGUGAAGAAGUUUGUGGAAUACUGUGAUGUGAACAAUGAUAAGUCCUUGUCAGUUCAAGAGUUAAUGGGCUGCUUGGGAGUAACAAAAGAAGAAGGUAAAGCAGAAACAAAGAAACGCCAUACAGCCCCUAAAACCAACACUGAGAGCACUUCAUCCAGCAGGCAGCAGGUUUCUAAGAAGCAAGGGUGAACACCUUACUAAUCCAAGGCAGAUCUCUUUGACAUGUGGGAGAUUUCCUCACCAAAAGGCAAUAAAAACAACUGUAGUAUUUGCACUUUGUACUUAAAAAAUGUAAAUUCACUUUGUAGAAAUGAAAUAUUUAAACAGACUUCUUUUUUUAAUCUGUGAAAAUGUAAUGGCUAGUUUUGAAAAAUUAUCACAUACAAUGUAUGUGUAUUCUUUUGUUGUCUGAAAUAUGUAAAACAUGUUGGAGAUGUAAAAGUUUGCAUUUAAACCAUUUUUUAAAAAAUAGCUUUUUGGCAAACAGUAGCAUAGAAACCUGAUUCUUUGUAUUUUGGUUUCAAUAGUAUGCCUUGUUUUUCUUAAUAGUGUCAUUUAAGUAGAGUUAUCCUGAAAAGUCUACUGUAUUCUCAAUUUUGUCCAAGCAGUGUUGGAUGUUUCAGGUUUGCAGGACUGAGAGAAUUGUGUAAAUUGCUGUUUAUUUGGUUUUCCAGUUUUUAACUGAACAGAUUUUUCAUCGGUGGCAGUAUUUUAUUUAAUUUUGUUUUUAUUGUAAUUAUUAUGCUUUCCAAAGAUCACACAAUGAUAAUACAACCACUAAUGGAUUCAAAAACAGUUAUUCUACUUGGGAUGCCUAUAGAAAUAUGUAUCCUUUUAUCCAUUUUUGAGGUGCCUUCCAUUAUAAGUUUUGGUAGG